UGGUCCACCUUAUUUAGUUUGCCUGAAUGCUUUCAUUUCAAUCACCCACUGAACGAUUUUUAAUUAGUUUUGCACCUGUCAAAAAAUAAACUGUCAACACGUUAUGCAAUGUCAGUCAUCGGCAAGGUUUUGUAGUCUUUAGAUCAACAAUCUGUUUAACUGCAUUUUCCAAACAAAUCAUGUUCACAAAAUUAGUCUACGGAGCAGCAGCACCAAUGCUAGCAGCAGUUGCAGUCAAAUCUGCUGAAUCCCCAAAACCAACAUCGUCAACAGAAAAUGAUUUGGCCUAUUACAAAUGCAAGCCAUCCGAGUUGCCAGUCUAUGCUCCAUUGCAUUCAUUGAACAAACCAAAACCUCCAGCACAUCCACCAAAAGAUUCCAAAGUCCGUGAAACUUUAGAAAGUGGCGUUCGAGCUGUUCGUGUUGAAGUCACAUCGGCCUAUAAAGCUGUUGCCCAACAGAAGAAGAAUGUCGAGGGAAUAAUUGCUACCGGAGUGGCUCAUUCCCAAUCAACUAUUGAUUACCUCAAUGAACCUGACAAUACAAUGCCACGAGUUGGUGCUAUUGCUAUUGGUGGUGUAGCUGGUCUCAUUCUGGCCGUUCGAGGAGGAUUCUUCAAGAAGAUUAUUUACACUGGCAUCGGAGCCGGUGGCAUUGCAUCAUUGUGCUAUCCUAAAGAGGCCGAAAAAUUCGCCCAACAAGGGUUGAUCGAAACGAGGAAAGGCUAUGUUAUAGCUUAUAAUUUUGUAAAAGGCAUUAAGCCUGGAGACGAGAUUGGCGUUGAGCCAAUCAGUAACUUCCCGACUAGCGUAGCCGAGUUGAAAGAUCUAUUUGCUGAUUUAGUUGAUAGUGCCAAAGGAGCGAUUUUCUCCAGCAAGAAGUAGGCAGCUGGUCAGAGUGGAAGCGCUAGGGUUGAGUUAGUGCAUUAUUAGAUUUUAUUUUGCAAAACAAAAAAAUAAUCUAAAAAAAAAAGAACGA